CGGAAAGUAAAAUUGUUGCGCCCCGAUUUUAACGCGCAAUUUUUCGCGAUCCCAAAACUCGAUCGCGCCAACCGAAAAGUCAAUCCACAAUCCACGGUCCUUUGUUUGGUAACUUGCUAAUUAAGCACACGGUUUGCACGUGCUGACAGGAACACAUUUCAUCGGUGCCAUCGGGGACGGUGGACGGCAAUCGGUCCUCGCAUCCUCACCACCCGGUCAAUUUGUUCUAUUUUCUUCGCUUUUUAUUUGGCGCCUGCUCAACUCCACCACGGGAGGUGGUUUAUCCACGAUGAACGGACGAGGACGCAUUAUCACGAUGCCGGCUGAGUGUGCCGCUAAUCCGCUGCAGCGGGCCCUGGCCGAUGCCAUCAUACGGAUGGUGUCCAUGGACGAGUUGCGCAUACUGCUCGCCUGCGGUGCGAAGGUUAACGAGCAGGUGACACAAGGUCUGAGACCACUGCACUAUGCCGUCUGGCAGAAUAAUGAAGCUGCCGUUAAUCUGCUUAUUGUGCGUGGUGCCGAUAUAAACGCGAUCGAUGAAGUUGGCUACAGUGCCCUACAUCUGGCGGCAGAGCAUGGUUAUCUGCAUCUCGCGAAGAUACUGCUGGACGCUGGCUGUAAGGUGGACUACCGUGAGCCAACGAAUGAUCCUUACCCGCGCACGACCCUCUGCGAUGAACCGCUUCGUUUGGCACUGCGUAACAAACACUACGAGGUGGCCCGUCUGCUACUCGAUCGUGGUGCAGAUCCGAACAAGCGUUAUUUCUUCGGCUCCGAGAUCAAUCUGGCGACGGAUGUGGAAAGUCUGGAGCUGUUGCUUACGUACGGUGCGAGCACGGACGCACGUGAUCGUUCCGGCAUCACUCCGCUCAUGCGUGCCGUGCGAACGAACGGUAACAUCGAUUCGGUGCUGCUGUUGCUACAUUACGGUGCGGACGUUAAUGCGAUGACGGAUGCACGGAAUGAUUACAGAACUGUGUUGCAUUAUGCCGUUCUCUCAGGCAAUGCGUCACUCGUAACGAUGCUUUUGAAACAAGGAGCACGGGUAGACAUUCCAGCACCACUGCCGGAACCGGAUCGGCCAAGCCCGCUCGAUCUUGCCGUACUGCGGGGCGAUCCCGUGCUGGUGAGAAUACUGCUCGAGCAUGGUGCUAAUGUCAAUCGCAGCAGUCCCGUCAUUGGUUCGCCGUUGCAUGUGGCCUGCGCCGAUAACAUACCCAACAGAGUUGAAAUUUUGAAGAUGCUCUUGUUUUACGGUGCUGACCCAAAUAUACGCGUCGUGGGAGAUGUUGCCACCAAUGCGAUACUACGUCCUCCGUUGGCAGAGCUGCUGGCCAGCAACGAACACGUCACGCCACAGGAACUGCAUUUGUUGCUACGAUACGGUGCAAGGGUUAUCCUAAAGACCCAGUAUCGCGAUCCGGACGGUUUGCUAAACUGCCUGUCAAACCUGCAUCACGAAUCGGCCGCCUUCCGUAUCAUACUGGACGCUACCGAAGAGUUCGAUCCUUGCAUGAUACGCCGUAACCAACAGCUCACAGACGAACAGCGCGAUCUGCUGGUAGAACGUGCAUCGGUGCCACGGAAACUCAAGUCCCAGAUUCGUGCUUACUACCGCCGGCUGUUCGGGCGGAAUCUGUGCGAGUUCGUACCGCCACUGUUUAUACCGAGCGAACUGAAAAGCUAUCUGCUGUACGAGCACAGCCUGUAACUGUUUGUGCAGUACGGCCAAAUUGUUCCCCGUAGUGGUGACCUUUUGUCUUUUACACUGGACCUGAUAAGACUAUUACUGUCCUGAUGGUGAAUCAUCCGAUAUUCCCACCAUAUGAUAGACUAGUUUGUAAAGCGACUGUUUCGAGCCUUUAUGUCCUCGACUGCUCAACUUCCGCACGUUCCAGACGGCACGUGGCGAAGGUGAUCAUGGCCUUGUGAAUUGAGAUGAAACCCCCCAAUAGUGCUUUCCGUUUCAUUCGAACACGGAGAGCGUUUACGCGCGCGUGCAUGUACUCUCUUUUAGAGUAAUACACAUUGUGAAACGGUUGUGAUAUAAGGAGUGAAACAUUUGUCUCUUAUACCUUGUCGAUUAAGUUAAGUUAAUGAAAGAUCGAACUGUUAGCUUGUAAGAUGUCGAAGCAAUUCAGCACUUCCAAGGAAGGUUUAAUAAAUAUAU